AUGGUAUAUACGGUAGCACUAAGUGCGCUUAUUUUAUAGGCGCGCUAUGUUGGAUCAUGAUGCAUGAUCGAUGCAGGUUGAAGUGUGCAAAAUGAUUCCCUCCUGCUUUGAAGCUGAAACUUAUGACGGCCCAGUCUCAGUUCUUGCCAAUGGAUCAUCCUUUGAGAAAGUGGUCUCAGUGAAGUUUUAUGACACUGCUGCUGUGCUUCAUGUGAGCCCCCUACUUUGUUCAGGGUCCCAGCAGCCGCUAGCACUCUGCUGCCUCAGCAAUGGGCACAUUUCUGCCCUUUCCCUAAAACUUGCGAUUUCCAGGGUUCCAACAGAAGCUCAAAGUGCUGAUAUUCUCUCGUCCCUGUUUGGAGAGACUUGUGACAACAUAUCAGCUCCAGCACAAGCUGUUGAUGGGCGCGAUGUCUCAGUUAGUUUAUUCCUUUUCCCUGUUUGUCAGUGGAGCAUCUGUUCUGCCUUUGUCUGUCAUGACAAGCUCAUCAUCUCUGCAAGGAAGGAGCAUUGCUCUGUUCUCAAUGUCUAUCAGUCUUCUUCCGUUACCCUGUUUGGUGAACAUAAGCUUCCAGUGUUUUCCAAUGGCGUACUCUUUCAACAUGAGAUAGGGUCUUGCAGUGUGCCUUCUAAGGGGCUCUUAUCUACAACUAUAGCCUACAGGCCUGUUUUAUCUCUUCUCCGCUCCCAGUCUUCUGUGAAGAGUGACAGUUCAACAUUGAGUAUUGCCUCGUCUGCCUCGGACGUUUUCUUCCGUCAGCUUUUUGGUUUCGAGUUGUCUCUAGCUCGGUCAAUUUUCGCCGUCGUUGGGACCAAAAGUGGUGCAGUUUUAUUUCUCGACACACGUGGUUAUUGCACCCCUUCUUCUGGUGAAUCAGGUGCCUCUUUAUCCAAUAAUACCUUGUGUAACCUGGGCCAACCUGUAGUUGCCAUUCACCCCCUGUGUUUGCCUACGCAUCCUGACUCAUCAGCCAAUUCCUUGCUUGUUGUCGGGAGGUUAGAGAAGUUGGUGCUUUUGACUGAGGCAGAGAAAGGGAGAGAGGCUCCUUUGGUGGCCGAGUUCAGUGUUACCGGACCAAUUCUCUCCUCUUUCCUUGUGGAACGGCAUAGCUUUGUCUACAGUAACACGAGUGGAAUAUACCGCAUUUGCCUUGAGCCUUCUUUCCUUUUAAAGUCAGUGGAUUUAGAUGCCAGUUCUACUACUUCUGUUAUGGUCCCUAGGUCACAGUUCAAUUCUCCAUGUCCUGUUUCUGCAACAUGUAUGUCAUUUAUCACAGGGGCCUCCCCGCCAUCUCCCAAUGAGGCUUACAGUGCUACAGCCAUCAGUAUUGACGGCAAGCUGCUUAGGUUUCAGCUUGAGUCAUGCAAAGACACGGUGAAGGUGAAAAGACUAGACAUUGGUAGAGAGAUGAGGAAGAGCAUGGACUCCAUCAAUAAGACUGGCCAAAGAAAUCUCACGGCUCAAAGUCAACUGAAACUUGUCGACUCUGCACUGAUGGAGUUAAAUCAGGCUCUGUCAGUACUGCACUCAGUCCAGUCUUCCGAUGGUCGAGUCUUCUCUUGCACUGUGUCUCCAGUGACAGAUAGGGUAGCGUCUGCCACUUAGCACUGGGUGGUGAGGUGGAACUCGGCUAUACUGGCCUGGACAGGCUACAGAGAGGGUGGGCACUCUUGAUAACUACCCAGUGUACCUCUAGUAAUCAGAGCAGGUUUACUACUCUAUCAUUGGCUGGUUUGGCACCCAAUGACAUCCUAAAACACAGAGUCAAGUUGGAUCUAGAAACUGGAAUGCCAGCUACCUUUUCUGUCGAUGUCGCUGUUUGUUAUAGCCCAACUCACCUCCAUUCGAUACUAACCCAACUU